UAGAUUGACUAGAUCUAAUCAUCUAAAUCUAUGAGUAGUAUGAGAUUUGAGAGUAUUCAUGACCUAUCUUAGACUAGAUCUAAUUUUCUAGACAUUCUAAUUACUCAAGUAAUGCCUAAUGGCUGUGCAGUAAUUUGAGUAAUGAUAAUCUAAAUCUAAUGAUUAGAUUAAGACUAAUGAUCUAAUCAUCAUCUAAUGAAUCUAAUGUCUAGAGUAAAGUGUGAAGUUCGAUCGCAUUAAGCCAGCUGGCAGCAAUUUUCACAUUUUGAUUUUUAUAGCACUGUAAUGGCCGUGUAACAGACUGACCUAUGAAAAAAACUGAUAGUAUCUCUGAAUUCGUCGUCCUUUUGUCUAAUAAAAUAGAUCUGAUUUAAUUUAUCACUAGGCUUAGUUAAAAUUAAAUUAUGAGGUCAAAGAGGUGUAGGGUGGGUAUCGCCAAGCGUAUAUUUCCUCGAUCGGAUUUCUCCCCUAGUUAGCUCUAUGGUGCCAAGCAAGACCUAUGUAAAAUAUACGCUUGGCUUCUGGAUUGAAAGGAGAACAUGUAUAUUACACUUCCCUUGCUUUCCAUUAAACUUAUUCAGAGUCAUAGGGAGUGUUCGAUAAGUUAUACUAUUUUAGAAAAUGCUUCAAUAUCAAACAAAAAUUUUUUUUUGAGUGUUCACGUAUUGUUAUGCAAUGUUUUGUUUAAUGUUCAAAGCAAAAAAUAAACAUAAUCAGUACAUUUUUUAGUAUCUAAAAGACAACAAAACACACAGCUAUCUAUAAAUAUAUGCUUAUUAAACAUUAUUUUGACAAAUUACCCAUUUUUUGUAUUAAUCAUUUUUAAAAAAAUAAUUACUUCCCUUUCCCCCCAAAACAAUAUUAAGUAUGCUCUCCCCUGCCAUUGCAAAAAACUAUUUAUACUAAUUUAUAGCAUUGACAAUGCCUAAAUUUUGAACUAUCACUUUGACAUGUGUAUAACAAUUAGUCUUUUCAUUUGCACAUGGUAGUUCACCUCUUGCUUGACCAGAAAAUACCUGAAAUGAAAGAAUCAGAUGAUUAAAGCAAUUUUACUAUGUGUUUGGUAUCAUUGUUAAUGAAAAAAAUUGCCUGAUGAGGUAUACACUUUAACAUAUGUAGCCCACCCCUGACAUCAGAUUUUAUUUUAACUAUGCAUGCUGAAAAUUAGCAACAUAUCUAAUUUUAUAGACCAAUGAAGGCCAAGUUUAUAGAUAUUUUCUUUUUUUUUUCUAGGUCUAGCCAAUGCGGUGCCACAAUUCAGCUUAACUUGUUUGAUGUGGCAGCUUUACUUUCGAUCUAGUCUAACUCUAGCAGAAUAGUUUAGUAGUUACUAGGGAUGAUUCAAUUGACAACUUAGACUCAAAACAAUGUCUUUAAUAAAAGAUAAAUAUUCUUUAGUGACAUUUGAGUGGAGUCCCUGUGACGUGCAGUGAUAGUCUCUUGAACAUUUCUAAUCAAAUCUUUUUAUCCUUUAAUUGAAACUAGCCGUGUAUAAUAAAAUUAAAAUGUUUAAAACAAGCUUGAAAUCCUAUGCAGAAAUGCGAGCUUGUAUCAAAUCUCUGACCAACAUGAGGGUAUCAAAUGUUCUGCCAGUUUUGUUAUGCCAGGAUUGCAAACUACAAGAUCAAGUAAUUCUGGUGAAAUCAAGACAAAUGUGUUCAAUAUCAAAUCAGAGUAAUUCUAAGUCCAAUAGAAUCAGUUCUAAAGAUUUCACACAUCAAAGUUUAAUAGGUGGAUGCAAGCAUCUUAAAAGGCAUUUCUUUAGUAGCACUAGCAGAUUAAAUCCAUCUGAAAAACCACCAGAAGGAAGCACAAACAUUGCCACAAAAGUUGUUGGCAGCCCAGCACAGCCUCAGGCUUCACCUUUAAAUCAAAGUCAGCAAAUCAUGGAUAAUUUGCCAGAGGCCGGGACUAGUGUAACUGACAAUGCUGAGACUACAUCAACAGAAGAUAGAAAGAAAAAUAAAGUUUUAUCUGUGAUUCCUCGAAUGCGAAAACCCAACCCAAUUGACUACAGUUACACAGGAAACAUCUACAUUUUACCAAGCAGAGCAAUGAUGGAGUAUCUCCUGCGACCCAGUGAUUUGACAGACCUGCCAAAAUACACCAGAAGAAGUCCUUAUGAAAGUGGGACAAGGAUAACACUCUAUCUCAGAACGGAUGUGGAGGAAGUAGCCUUAAAGAAAUGGGGAGAUUUUGAUAAACUGAAUAAAGAGAAAGCCAAACUAAGAAAUGUCCAUGAUCUCAAAUUUUAUGACAUCACUGACUUGAGGAGGUUGCUAGGAGAGAUGCAUUCAUCCAGUAACUCAGAGGAACUCACUGCUAAUACAAGUAUGGAUGGAUCCAGUCCACCAGUGGAUCAAUCAGAACCUACAUUCUGGAAAUCAGGAUCAGCAAGAGUUAUCUUAUCCGCAGUCUUUGUGAAUGGUGCAAAUACAUUGUUUAAACUGAUUGCCUGGUUGUACACUGGCUCACACAGCAUGUUUUCAGAGUUUGUUCAUUCAUGUGCUGACACUAUGAACCAGAUUAUUUUAGGCUUUGGGCUGUAUCAUUCACACAAGAAACCUGACACAGAUCAUCCUUAUGGAUAUCGCAACUUGCGUCACAUUUCAUCACUCAUUAGUGGAGUUGGAAUUUUUUUCUUUGGCACAGGACUAUCUUACUAUCACAGCUUUCAAGGCUUUAUUAAUCCAUUAGAACUAGGAAAUCUUACAUGGUGCUUAGCAACAUUGUUUGGUUCUCUGAUUUCUGAAGGGGCGUCUCUCAUUAUUGCCAUCAACCAAGUCAGGAAAAGUGCCAAAGCUUUGGAGAUUGGAUUCAAAGAUUAUUUGAUGCGAGGAAUUGACCCCAAUGUCAAUGUGGUACUUCUUGAAGACUUAGCAGCUGUUUUAGGUGUUGGCAUAGCUGGGGUGUGUAUCGGUAUCACGGCUGUGACUGGCUCUCCCUUUGCUGAUGCCAUGGGGUCAGCUCUGAUAGGAACCUUGCUGGGAUCAGUAGCUGCUUUCAUUGUCCACCAGAACACGCACCAGCUGGUGGGGAGGUCUAUCCCAGAGUCAGAGAGACAAGAAAUUAGUCAAUUGUUGGAGAGAGAUAGAAUGAUCAGAUCUUUGCAUGACAUUAAAGCCACAGAGAUGGGUGGAGUUGUCCGCUACAAGGCAGAGGUGGACUUUGAUGGUAAAGAAAUCACCAGGGCCUAUCUGUACAAGCAAGACUUGGAGCUCAUGUUGAGUGAAGCUCAAAAUCUGAAGACUGUGGAAGAACUGGAAACUUUUAUGAUGAAUCAUGGAGAGAAAAUCAUUGAUGCAUUGGGUGCUGAAGUAGAUAGGAUUGAGAAACUUUUAAAGAACAAACAUCCAGAAGUCCGACAUGUUGACCUUGAAGCACUGUAAUAACGAGGUCAUUUAUUGAUGGCAAACUGAGAGACUUGCUUAUGGUCUGCACUAUUUAAUUCUUUAAAUGUAGUCUACCUAUGAGUCAGUUACUUGCAGUGAAAAGUUACUUUGAUUUUAUUGAAUGCCAUCUUUCAUCCAUUUUUAAUUUUCAAAACUGUUUAAAUGUUUUAAUUUCUGGUCUAAACUAAAAUAAUUGUAUAUAUUCUCAGUUUUAUAACAAAAAAAAAAACACCUGAAAAUGAAAGAAAUAUGUGUAUUUAUUGUGUGACAUGCAAAGACUAGGUAUUUCUUCAUUUUUGUUUUAUAUUAUAUAUCUAACUUUGCAAUGAUAGAAAGAAUUUCCUCAUCAAAACAACUAUGAUAUGACACACAGUGUUGCUGAUUGUGUAUCUGAUUUGUAUCUUACUUUUGUUUACAAUGAUAUUAACAUAAGUUGGUGUGUACGUUAUAUCCAGGAUCAUUUCUAAUGUAGAGUUCUUGCAUGUAAAAGUUAAUUUCGACAAAAAUAAUAUCACAUAUGUACAAGCUAUAUAGUAUUAGGUGUAUGUUUUUAUGGUAAACUAUCAGCUGUAUAUCACGUUUUUAUGGGUCGUCUCUUAUGCACUAAUUCUUAAUGUCACGUAAUGAAAUCUUGAUAAGUUGUUCUCUCUUAAUUGUCAAACCCUUGAAAAAUCACUAGUUCAUUUAUUGACUGAAGUUACUAUGUACAAAUGUAUGGGUCAGACCUUCAUUCGAACAUAACUCUCUUGCAUGUACUACUAGCCAACCUGCUGCCAUUUGGACUCAUCUUUCUGUUUUGUCGUGUUCAACCCUAGUCUUUAUGCACCACAUGUAGUCAACUAGAUUUCUCUAAAUAGUUUGGUUGUCUAAAAGUGAUUAAAUUACAAACUUAGGAUCUAUUUGUUCUGUGUGUACAGGUACAGUGUCAGCUAUUGGACUGGAAGGAUCAAAUCAAAACAUUUAAGUUAUUGAAUUCAUUAUUACAAGACCUCCACCUGUAGGCUGUAUUCAUUCAAGAGUUGAAUACAUUAAUGUUCAGGAACAGUUUGGUCUCCAUCUUCUAAGUGUAGAUUUAAAGGCCUAUCAUUAGAAUAUUAAUGGUCAAGUAGAUUUAUAAAUUAGCUUAACUAGGAUUUUUUUUUCUUGAAAAGGGGGGGGGGAGGUAAAUGUUCCAUUUUUUUUUAAUCUAAAAAUUAAUUAGUUAUCAAGAGCUAAAUAAUCACUCUAUGUUAUAUAAAGGAAGUAUUGUCUUGAAAAAAAAAAAAGUAUUUAUUUUUUUUUGCUAUGUAAUUGAACCUCCUGGACACCAUCAUUAAAGCUCAAAUGUUGCCUUGUUGUGUCACCAGCGCUGCUUAUAGCUUGACUCAUUUCGAAAUGUGAUAUUUCAAGUCAGUUGAUGACCAAUUGAUUUGCUACUCCACAAUCUAAGUGUAAGAAAUGUAGAGACAUUUUAUUCAGUAGAACAAAUGUUAUGUUUUGUUAAUGUUGAGAUAAUAAUACACAUAACAACAAAUCAGAACUACACAUUUUAUUUUUGUGUCUCUUUUAUGUUCAGACAGCUGUCUCUAAUACUUCUAUGUCCUGAAUUUCUGGGGCUGUUAUUUUAUGAUAACACUAUUUUUAUUUUGUAUUUGUUACAUGUAAAUAAUUCACCAAAUAUUGUUGUUUUCAGUAAUGUAUUGAAUUGAAUGCAUGCAUCCACUUUCAAACAAUAACCUGCUUGUUAUUUUUUUUAAAGGAAACCAAAGUUUUUCUUGUAUUGUUUUUCUCAAUGGGCUAUGAAAAUUAUAAUCUGUGUGGAGUCGUCAUAUUCUAUAUACUAUAUGUCUAGUAUAGUCAGCUGAUGUGAUGUUUUCCAUAUUUACAGUGCUAGACUUAGACUUGACAUUGUAACCUAUGUAGAAGUGACUGUGAAGUUGAGUGUAUCUGAUGUGCAUAAAAUGCAGGCAAAUAUGGAGACACAAAGAUGGAUGAUCAUUUUUGUUUCCCUGCUUCAAACAUAUGCAAUGGUUUCUUCUUGUCUGACCUAAUGCUAAGCAGUUGAAGUUGAAACCACACAGCUGCUGAAUGUAUAUUUUUGGUGGGAAUUUUAGUUUGUCAGGAUGGAUGGUCUGACUCAAGCUUCAACUGAAAUUCUUCAGACUUCUAUACAACUUCACUGUAGCAAGAUUUGUUAAGGUGUAGAUUUUAAUGUUAAUACUUCUUGGUUCUCUAAACUCUGAAUAGAUUUGUGUGUGAGUAAAUAGUUUGAUUUUGUGCCUUGGCCUCCAAGUUGUAAUUGAAUUAAAAAAAAAAAUGUUUUGACCCAUGACCAUGUCUGGGGAAAAAAAUAUAUUCUAAAUUGGAAACAAAAAUAUUCCUGUGAUGUAUGUGCAUUUGUUUCUAGUUGACAUUAUUUCAGCACUUUCAUUAGUUGAAGAUGUUUAAGGAUUUGAUUGUCUUGUAAUAUACAUAGUGUGACCUUUUACAAGUUUCAGUCCAGGACAUGAUGAAGUUGUACCCACUGAAAAGUGAACUCAUGGUAAACUAAUAGCAAGCUACUUUAGUUCCAAGGUCAAUACGAGUUUGUAAUGUAUGGAAUUCACAAUUCUGUUUGUAUCUUGGCUUCUUAUUUAUUUAAAGCUGAGUAUUUUUUUUUAUUUGUUGCUUAUUGCUCAUUUGUUAUAUAUUUGGUUACAAUGGUUAUGAAUGAGAUAAAAAUGGAUUAUUGUCUCAUGUCCUGUAUUUGAGAGAAGAUUGGAAGUUCUUGUAUGAAGUUGUUGAAAUGUCAGGUCUUUGAAUGAACCUUGUCCUUGGUAUGGUGAAUGUAGAACAAGAAUUAUUCUUUCAAAGAAAUUUAGUUUGGAAACUACUCAAAUGGAAUGCUGUAAUGAACUAACUGGAAACACUUCAAAGUAUGUCACAAAGUGUUUUAUUUACUAACCCUACCACAUUCCUUUCUUUUUGUUUUUUCUUCAUUGUAAAAUGUGUCAGGUUACUGUGUAUUCCUUAUUUCAACUAGAGCAUUAUUUUCUUUAAUUCCCUGAAGUAUCACUGAGCUUGUUUGUGGUGAAAGUAGUUCUCUUGUCUGCUUAAUAUUUUUAAAAGGUCAAGGUCUGGAUGCCAAAAGUAAGGUUAUUUAUUUUUUUCAAUGAUUAUUCAUGCAAGUUUGAUACUUCUGUGACAUGUAAAGUAUGCCUGGUUCGGUGAAUACAUGUAGGUGUGAUGUUCAAUUAUUUUCUGCCUAGAAAUUCUCUUUUGUUGUUUAUUUUCAAUUCUUGUAAAGAGAACAAAACUAUUGAACUAUUAGCUAUGAACUAAUGGCUUGGUGGCUAACAUUCUCUUCACAUUGAUACCGUCAAAGAAAAGAUCUAUCCAAUGAAAAUAUCCCAAAACUUCAAAGAUUAUUCUGUGGGACUUUGGACAAAUGUGAAUUAAGAUUAAGCUCAUGCUUUGUCAUUUGUAUGGACUAGCUUUAUAAACGUGUCAUUCAUGGCUGUCGUUGGAUUGGUUGAUUGUGGGCUAAAGCAGCCAAAUUUUAAGGUUGUUGUUUUCUCAUAUUAAAAAGUAAAUAAAUCUCUUAAAGUAUA